GGGAAGCCGGAUGACUCAGCAGAGGAAUCUGUAGGCUGCAGCAAGCUGAGCACAAGCCUUGCAAUCUGGGUUGAUUUUGUUUUUAUGAGACGAUGAUGAGAUGGUUAGUUUCGUCAUAGUCCAUCGGUUCGUCUUUUUACCAACUAGGUAUUUCCUAGUGUAUGAUCCCAGAUGAGAUCGACUAAUAAGUAUCCCUUCUAUAUACUUUCGACGACCUUCUUACAACUUAUCGAACGCUCUCCUGCAUAAAUCUGAAAAUACAGAAAAUACAUCAUAAUAUCCCGCUAUUUCCAGCACAUCCCUCUCUACUAAGCCAGGCAGAAUCCCUAAUACGGAAUUAUCAAACAUGGAUUCCCUACCCGAAGAAAUCCUCAUCGGGGUCAUGGAUAAACUGGACCCCAAGUCCGACAUGUCCACCAUCCUCAGCCUGCGCGGGGUCAGUCGAAAGUGGUGCCGCGUCGCGAGUCCGUACGUCCACAUCGCCGUGCAGAACUACCAGCCCCGGGCCGCCACAACCUUCUGGAACUUCCACCGAUCUACCGAUCUGCUGUGCUAUCUCUGCUGGAAGCUCGCCCAGAAGCCUCACCUCUCCCACUUUGUCAAGGAGGUCGCUUCCCGCCCCUGGAAAGACACCCGCUGGAAAUCGGCCGUUACCAGGGCAGACUUGUGCGCCCGGUACCGCGAGGCGCUCGCUGGCGCUGGGCCCGGCGUCCCUGACGACGUGAAGGAUGCUAUCGUCGCGGAGAUGCUGUACGAUAUCGGCGAUGCCUUGCUUGCGUUCGUGCUGAUUCUGUGCACGGACAUCGAGAUCCUCAUGAUCCCGGCUCUCGAUAGGGGAUGCGGGCCGCGGACAAGGCAGGUGCUCCGAUGCGCGCACGAGCAGCUCGAGAACCCGCUGCGAGACGGCCCGGAGGCCAUGCUUAGCGCUCUCCGACACGUCCAGCUCGGCGACUACGUGAACGGUCUAGGCCUAGCCGACGCCUUGGAUCUCCUCGCCCUGCCGAAGCUGCAGCAUCUCGAGCUGGGCAACCUGGGAGACACGACCGUUGACGGCAGCCAGCCGUUUCCGCCUUUCCCCGAGCACCCCAAAUCCUAUCUCCGGAACCGAGGCCCCGUCGACAUCACCCUCGAGUCGUGCCGCCUUAGCAGCAGGGGUCUCACCACGCUGCUCGCGGCGUGCGGCAACACGCGCUCGCUCUUCGUCAAGAUGCGGGCCGGGAACGCGCGGCCCUCGCGCGCGCCGUGUUUCGCCGAGCCUCUGGAGCGGUACGGCCAGAGCCUCGAGUUUCUCUACUUGGACACGACGGCCUUCGAAGAGGGGCUAGCGGCUCUAGAGUUCAAUCCCAACCUCAACCCCAACCCCAAUUCCAAUUCUAAUUCCAAUCCGGGCUCGGAAUCGUCGUUGUCGCCGUCCGCGCGCCUCCUCCGCGCCAUAUCCUCGCUCAACACCAACCUGCGUUUCCUGGCGCUGCCCCGCGCCGACUUCGAGACGCCCGAGGUCCUGGGCGACGCGCUGCCGGCCUCGCUGCGCGAGCUGCUGGUCCUGGACGAAGACGCGGAACUAGACCUAGAAGAAGACGAAGACGAAGACGAAGACGGGGACGGGGACGGUUACCGCGCCCUGGGGCGCGGUUUGGUCGCCCCGGCCCUGGAGCGCGUCGCGUGCCAGCUCGCCGCUCGUCACGCCGAUAUCAGCGGCAUAUACGACGGCUGCUUGCGCGAUAGGAAGUUGCCUGGUACCUGGGUGUUGAGAAGGUAUUCGUGCACGGUGCUCGUGAUGAAGUGAGGUGUGGCAUUUGUGUGUGUGUGUGUGUGCUGCUUGUGGAGUCUGGGGUGACAUACAUACCUCCUAUAUAGGUAUGAUAGACGAGAUUGUCUUACCUUGUCUUGGCUUCUCUUACAUAUAAAAUGACGAGUUUUAAUGUGGAUAAGGGAAAGGAAAGAGAGAAUAGAGACGGAGAGGGAUGAAGGUAUGCUACAGCUGAUAGUAACAGUAUUAAUGUGGCUCAAGCUACUGCUUUGUAUUAUUAUGUAUUAUAAUUAUGAUGGUGAUGACAGCGAUGGAUGGGUCCUUUACAGCAGCUUGUUUUCGGUUGGCUCUUGGGUGGUCAUCUAUCUCAACGGAACAAAUUCCUGACCUAGAUAGGUAGUUUCUAGGUAUCAGGUACAUGAAGUAUAUACAUGGAAAAAAGAAAAAGAAAAAAAAAAAAGGAAUGAAAAUAAUCUCCCAAGACAAUCGCGCGUUAUUAUGAUGCAUCACGGUACAUGUUUACGUUGUGGUCAGUUUCAUCUACAUAGCCCAGCGUCUCGAGACAACUCUGUGAUCACCUUCUAUUAAGCCUUUAGUGGCGCUCAUGGCAUUAUAAUAGAACCAUACGGGUUACAUGUAUUCUCAGAUUAUGAUCACCAUUUUUUCAACGCAGUAAGUCAAG